AUGAUUUACUGUUCUUUGUCCGCAGAAUUUCUCAUUCAGGAUGGCCCUUUCGGAUCUUGUGAAAAUAAGUACUGUGGCUUGGGGAGGCACUGUGCUAUCAGCAGAGAGACAGGGCAAGCAGAGUGUGCCUGCAUGGACAUCUGCAAACGACAUUACAAACCUGUGUGUGGAUCCGAUGGAGAAUUCUAUGAAAAUCACUGUGAAGUGCAUAGAGCUGCCUGCAUAAAAAAGCAAAAGAUCACCAUUGUUCACAAUGAAGACUGCUUCUUUAAAGGGGACAACUGCAUGACCACUGAAUACAGCGAGAUGAAAAAUAUGCUUUUAGACUUACAAAACCAAAAGUACAUUAUGAAAGAAAAUGAAAAUCCUAACGGUGAUGACAUAUCUCGGAAGAAGCUAUUGGUGGAUCAGAUGUUCAAGUAUUUUGAUGCAGACAGUAAUGGACUUGUAGAUAUUAAUGAGCUAACUCAGGUGAUUAAACAGCAAGAACAUGGCAAGGGUCUUUCUGACUGCACUGUGUAUGAUCUGCUCAAGUAUGAUGACCUUAAUGCUGACAAGCACCUGACUCUUGAAGAAUUCUAUAGAGCAUUCCAGGUGAUCCAGCUGAGUCUGCCUGAAGAUCAGAGACUAAGUGUUACUGCAGCCACCGUGGGACAAAGUGCUGUUCUGAGCUGUGCCAUUGUGGGAGCCCUGAGACCUCCCAUCAUAUGGAAGAGAAACAACAUUGUUCUAAAUAAUUUAGAUUUGGAAGACAUUAAUGACUUUGGCGAUGAUGGCUCCCUGUAUAUCACCAAGGUUACCACAGUUCACAUGGGAAAUUACACCUGCUAUGCAGAAGGCUAUGAAAACAUCUAUCAGACACACAUCUUCCAAGUGAAUGUUCCUCCAGUAAUCCGUGUGUAUCCAGAGAGUCAAGCCAGAGAGCCUGGGGUAACAGCAAGCCUUAGGUGCCACGCAGAGGGUAUUCCAGACCCUCAACUUGGCUGGCUGAAGAAUGGAAUCGACAUUACACCAAAGCUUUCCAAGCAGCUCACACUUCAAGCAAAUGGCAGCGAGGUUCACAUAAGCAACGUGCGCUAUGAAGAUACGGGCGCUUACACCUGCAUCGCCAGAAAUGAGGCCGGCGUGGAUGAAGACAUUUCUUCUCUUUUUGUGGAAGAUUCUGCUAGAAAGACCCUAGCUAACAUAUUAUGGAGAGAAGAAGGUCUGGGAAUUGGGAACAUGUUCUAUGUUUUUUAUGAAGAUGGAAUCAAAGUGAUACAACCCAUAGAAUGUGAAUUUCAGAGGCACAUUAAGCCUAGUGAAAAGCUCCUUGGAUUUCAGGAUGAAGUCUGUCCCAAAGCUGAGGACGAGGAGGUGCAGAGAUGUGUAUGGGCCUCAGCUGUUAAUGUCAAAGACAAGUUCAUUUAUGUUGCUCAGCCAACUUUGGACAGAAUCUUGAUUGUUGAUGUACAGUCCCAAAAAGUUGUUCAGGCGGUGAGCACAGAUCCUGUCCCCGUUAAAUUACACUAUGACAAGUCACAUGACCAGGUCUGGGUGCUCAGCUGGGGCAGCAUGGAGAAGACGUCACCAACACUGCAGGUGAUAACCCUGGCCAGUGGGAAUGUGCCUCACCACACCAUCCAUACCCAGCCAGUUGGAAAACAAUUUGACAGAGUGGAUGACUUCUUCAUUCCCACCACAACACUCAUUAUCACUCACAUGAGGUUUGGAUUUAUUCUUCAUAAAGAAGAAGCUGCACUACACAAAAUCGAUCUUGAAACCAUGGCAUACAUCAAAACAAUUAGCCUGAAGGACGCUAAGUGUGUUCCACAGUCCUUGGCAUACACCCACCUGGGAGGGUAUUAUUUCAUCGGCUGCAAGUCUGACAGCACCGGGGCAUUUCCACCACAGCUAGUGGUGGACAGUGUGACUGACUCAAUCAUCGGCUUCAAUAGUGAUGUAACAGGCACACCAUAUAUCUCCCCAGAUGGCCACUAUCUUGUCAGCGUUAAUGAUGUGAAGGGUCUUGUGAGAAUUCAGUACAUCACCAUCAGAGGAGAAAUCCUAGAUGCUUUUGACAUACAUACCAACCUGCACAUAUCUGACCUAGCCUUCCAGCCAUCCUUCACAGAAGCCCACCAGUACAACAUCUAUGGCAGCUCAAGCCAACAGACAGAUGUGCUCUUUGUAGAGCUCUCCUCUGGGAAGGUCAAGAUGAUCAAAAGCCUCAAAGAACCUCUCAAGAUGGAAGACUGGCCCUGGAGCCAGAAGAACAGGCACAUCCAAGGAAGUGGUCUAUUUGGACAGUACUUGAUGACUCCCUCCAAGGAUUCUCUCUUCAUCCUGGAUGGUCGCCUCAAUAAGUUAAACUGUGAGAUCACUGAAGUUCAGAAAGGAAAUACCAUCAUUUGGGUUGGAGAUGCCUAAGGAGCCCUGUUAUCUAAUUUCAGAAGGAAGAGUUUUUUUUACAAUACAUUGCACUUAAUCCAUACUUAAAUUACAGCUUAACUUUCCAAGUUUAUAUCCUAAUCAAACAAAAUUCACUUGGUUGGUCCAAAUAAGCUAGAUUUUUUUUUUUUUUUUACAAAAUCAUGCACUAUAAUACUGGCUGAUUAGAGACAUCUAAGUAAAAAUUUAAUUAGAAAUUUAUAGCACUCAUAAGAAUCCAGUGUAUUUUCAACCAAUAUAAUCAGAUUUAAAAUUCUUUAAAAAAGUAAACCGCAGGGAAUUUCAGAUGACUUAAGCAUCGUUUCACUUUUAGGGUAGUUUGUUUUUUCUCUGUCCUUUUGCUAUGCUUAAAUCAGAAAUAAAGGGUCUCGUGUAAACUUAAAAUUCUUAAUUCAAAAUACUCUGUCCCAUCUACUGUUUAUAAUCUUUUGUGCCUUGAAGGAAAUGUCAUAGGGAAAUAAGGAAUGCUAAGAGCUGCAUACUGGAUACCUUCAACACCUUCAUAACUAGAACUGUGUUGUCAUCAGAAAUGUUUAAUAUUUUGCACCAAAUCCUGCCUUCAGUCACUUGCUUGACCUUCAGUGAAAUGUCAUUUGAAGGCAUAAUUUGGCCUUGUGCUGUAUUCAGAUGAGAAACUAUCUGACAUUCACUGAACAAUGUGCAGCACGAUAUUGAAAAUGGACAGGGAGGGAGAAAAACAGGUAGAGUGACAAUGUUCGCAAUGCUGUGUACGCAUUUUACUUUCAUUCACUAGAGUGUAUGUUAUUACUAAUGUAAUUUUAUCUGGGAUUUCAAUUGCUUAUUUCAUUAUUCGGAGGAUAGAUCCUUUUAUGUAGCCUGGUGUUGCAUAAUAAUGAAUGUUUUCAAUUUUGGAAAAGGAGCAUUAGUUGUGUCUGCUCUGAGUGGACCACAUGUAGGGAUACUAACACCAGACAGAGAAAAAUGGAACCACUCUGGAGAUGUGGUGGCCAGGAUUAUAUCCUAGUCAAACAAAAUUUACAUUGUUGGUCCAAAUAACCUAGUGUUUUUUCAGUAGAGAUGGAUUGGCCCAACCUGCAGUGGAGAGUGAAUGAGAGCUUCUCCCUGCUUUUGCAAUUCCUGUGUAACUCAUCAAAGAACCUCAUCCCUUAUCAUCUUCCUAAAUGGCUUCUAGUCCUACAUAAUCUUAAAGCAUCUUUCCCAACUGCGUGCUGUAGCUGUGAACCCAACUGAAUCUUUUGAGACACUGCAGAGAAGUAAAAUGAUUGCUUCUUCCUUUUUAAUAAAGGGGAAAUUAGAGGACCAGUAGAAAUAGAUUAAUACCAGUUAGUUGGGUUUAAGAGAAUAGUGUGUGUGUUUUGAGAAGCUUUUCUACUUAUUUUUCUCUUAUCGUUGCUAAAAAGGUGAAUGAGAUGUUGAAAUGACCUCCAUUUGCUAAAGGUGAUCCAAUAAGGUCUUUUUUAAAUACAAAUUUUACUCAAGUUUAAAUUGUGUAAAACCGCAUAGAAACCUGGAAUUUUAUAGUGUGCACUCUCUUAUGUGUAUAUAGCAUCCUGAGCUGUGUGGUACAAUAGAUUUCUCCUUAGCUUAAGGAAACAUUAAGGGAGAUAGAUUUAAUAAACAGAAAAAUCAGCUCAACAUUUUUACUGGUUGAGUCUGCUUUACUCUUUAGUAAUUUCCUUCCCUGUGAACAUGAACCAUGCAGUGUCUGUGAGUUAAUGAUUUGACGUAAGUCUGUUGCGUACAUCCUUCUUUAAUGCUCCCAUCAUGUGGAUGCUCUGUCUGCUGUCAUUGCUUGAUAAAAGAAUAAACCUCUUAUGUUUUAUCCCUUGUGUCCUCAGUAAAUGAUUUAGUGUGCAUGCCU